ACCCUGUUUCCUCAACCUUCAUACUCUCACAAAAAUCCUUACUUUGAUUCCCUACUUCAGCUCCGAACCACAAACUACGAGACGCACAGAAGAUAUACAACAGCCGGUAGCCAGAACAUUAAAAUGACACAAAACGAAGGACUACUCAACAGGGAAGUUGAUGAAGCAAGAAAGAGACUUGAUGAACGAAACAAUGAGCGGAAAACAGCAAUUGCCCAGACACGCAAUAAGAUGGACAAUGAACUUGGAGAACUACGCAAAAGCAGGGAAAAGGAUAUUUAUCAAAGAUCCACGAGGAACUUUACAUAUACAGGGGCAACUCUAAAGGAGGUCGAGGCUUAUUAUAAAGCGAGGAUGGAGGAGCGCGAGAAAGCUCAUAAAGAAGAGAUAGCGUCACUUGAAGCAUAUCACACUCGGCGGGUACAGGAAGCUCAAGACUUGUACUUGCAGGUGCUUCAAGUCGGGGCGAACCAGCCCUCCACUGCUAUCGAGCCGAGCGGAAAUACCGACCGACAGAGGGGUAGUUAUGGGGGAUCCGGGGCAUUGCUUUACCUUGAACAAAGUACAGGUGGCUGGCGCAAUUGGUAAGAUAGGACGACAUCCUCUAUAUUAUAUGAAGGAGCAAGCUAAAGGGUGUCUGUUUAAAUAGAUGUCUAUCGAUGGCAACAUAUAGGUUUAGGGGAGAA